AUGGCAGUGGAGAUUCUGUUGGUUUUCCUGAUUUUCAUGGCUGCCAAUGCAAUCACAGGUGAGGCAGUGUUUGGAAUUGACAUGAAUCCAUGCGCACUCACAACUUGCACAGAAGCCUGCAAGAGUCUUUUGGGGGAUAAGUUUGACAGUGCCUCUUGCUACCAAGGAAUCAUAUGUAUGUGCUUUGGCUGA